CUGGACGUCCUGGGUUCAGGACCGUGACAUUGACCAUUUGUCCGGUGGAGAACUUCAGCGUUUCGCCAUUGGUCUGGUCUGUGUCCAGCAGGCUGAUGUCUACAUGUUUGACGAGCCUUCGUCCUACCUUGAUGUUAAGCAGCGUCUGGCUGCUGCCCGUACCAUCAGAGAGCUUCUCCGCCCCGACGACUAUGUCAUCGUUGUCGAGCACGAUUUGUCCGUGCUUGAUUAUCUUUCCGACUUUGUUUGCGUUCUUUACGGAAGACCUGCCGCCUACGGUGUCGUUACUCUGCCUUCCUCGGUCCGUGAAGGUAUCAACAUCUUCUUGGAUGGUCACAUCCCCACUGAGAACCUUCGGUUCCGUGACGAGUCUCUCACUUUCCGUCUCGCCGAAGCUGGUGAUGACUUCAUGGUUGACAAGGCUCGUGCCUUCAAGUACCCGAGCCUGGAGAAGACCCUUGGCAACUUCCACCUGAAGAUUGACGCCGGUGACUUCACCGAUUCUGAAAUCAUUGUCAUGAUGGGAGAAAACGGAACCGGAAAGACCACUUUCUGUAGAAUGCUUGCUGGUGUCGAGAAGCCCGAUAACGGCAUCACCAUUCCCCGCUUGAACAUCAGCAUGAAGCCCCAGAAGAUCACCCCCAAGUUCCAGGGUACCGUCCGUCAGCUAUUCUUCAAGCGUAUCAAGGCCGCUUUCCUGUCGCCCCAGUUCCAGACCGAUGUCUACAAGCCCCUCAAGAUCGACGACUUCAUCGACCAGGAGGUUCAGAACUUGUCUGGUGGUGAAUUGCAGCGUGUCGCCAUCGUCCUGGCUCUGGGAAUGCCCGCUGAUAUCUACCUGAUUGACGAGCCCAGUGCUUACCUCGAUUCCGAGCAGCGUAUUGUGGCUGCCAGAGUCAUCAAGCGUUUCAUCAUGCACACCAAGAAGACCGCUUUCAUCGUCGAGCACGAUUUCAUCAUGGCCACCUACCUGGCUGACCGUGUCAUCGUCUUCGACGGUAAGCCCUCCAUUGAUGCGCACGCCAACUCCCCCGAGUCCCUCGUCACUGGUUGCAACACCUUCUUGAAGAACUUGGACGUCACCUUCCGUCGCGAUCCCAACAGCUACCGUCCCCGUAUCAACAAGCACCAGUCCCAGAUGGACCAGGAGCAGAAGCUCCAGGGCAACUACUUCUUCUUGGAAGAAGAGCAGUGAAACGGCCGUUUUUGGCAAAUAUAACCGCGUGCCUCGCCAUGGCGAUGGCCGCGAUUUC